AUGGAUUUAUGUAUUGGAACUUGGAAUGUGCGAUCAAUGUAUAGGACGGGAACAUUGACGACAGUCGUAUCGUGUCUUGAGCGAUACAGACUGGAUAUAACAGCAGUUCAAGAAAUAAGGUGGGACGGAUCUGGUAGUAUAAAGUCACAAGGAAAUACAAUUUUAUAUAGCGGUGGAGAAAAACACGAAAGAGGAGUAGGCUUUAUUAUUAAGGACAAAUUUUUGCCGAAUGUUGUCAAGUUUGAACCAAUAAGUGAUAGAAUCUGCUAUAUAGAAUUUAAAUGCAAAUGGUUUAACAUAGUAAUUGUAAAUUGUUAUGCGCCAACAGAGGAUAAAAGCGAAGAAGUAAAGAUGCUUUUUACGAUGAGCUAG